UGCGGCCGGUUGGGCCGGUGCCCUUUCCCGCUCUGGGAAGGAAGAGAGAUGGAAUUGAAAAGGUUGGUCGUUUCCUGGCAAUUCUUGGUAGUUCUGGUUCUGAUCCUGCAAAGCCUGUCUGCGUUGGAUUUUGACCCGUACAGAGUCCUAGGAGUCAGCCGCACAGCCAGCCAGGCUGACAUUAAAAAGGCAUAUAAGAAGCUCGCUCGGGAAUGGCAUCCUGACAAAAACAAAGACCCUGGAGCAGAGGACAGGUUCAUUCAGAUCAGCAAGGCUUACGAGAUUCUGUCCAAUGAGGAAAAGAGGACAAACUACGACCACUAUGGUGAUGCCGAUGAGAACCAAGGCUAUCAGAAGCAGCAGCGCGAGUAUCGCUUCCGCCAUUUCCAUGAGAACUUCUAUUUUGAUGAGUCCUUUUUUCACUUCCCCUUCAACUCGGAGCGGCGGGACUCCAUCGAUGAGAAGUACUUGCUGCACUUUUCACACUACGUGAAUGAAGUGGUUCCCGAUAGCUUCAAAAAGCCCUACCUCAUUAAGAUCACGUCUGAUUGGUGCUUUAGCUGUAUCCAUAUUGAGCCUGUCUGGAAAGAAGUGGUCCAGGAACUGGAAGGACUGGGGGUGGGGAUCGGCGUUGUCCAUGCUGGAUACGAAAGACGCCUGGCUCAUCACCUGGGAGCACACAGCACCCCCUCCAUCCUUGGAGUCAUCAACGGGAAGAUCUCCUUCUUCCACAAUGCAGUGGUUCAUGAGAACCUGCGGCAGUUCGUGGAGAGUCUUCUUCCAGGAAACUUGGUGGAGAAGGUCACAAAUAAAAAUUAUGUGCGGUUCCUCUCUGGCUGGCAGCAGGAGAAUAAGCCACACGCCCUCCUGUUCGGCCAGACACCAGCAGUGCCGCUGCUGUACAAGUUGACAGCCUUUGCAUACAAAGAUUAUGUGUCGUUUGGAUAUGUGUACGUCGGCUUGAGAGGUGUGGAGGAGAUGACCAGGCAGUACAACGUCAACAUCUAUGCCCCCACCAUGCUGAUCUUCAAAGAGGACAUCAACAAGCCUGCUGACGGGAUCCAGGCUCGGGGGCUGAGGAAGCAGGUCAUGGAGGACUUCAUCGCCCAAAACAAGUACCUGCUGGCAUCGCGGCUCACCAGCCAGAGGCUCUUCCACGAACUCUGCCCCGUGAAGCGGUCUCACCGGCAGAGGAAAUACUGUGUGGUUUUACUGACAGCUGAAGCUAACAAACUAAGCAAACCCUUUGAAGCCUUCCUGUCCUUUGCACUGGCAAAUACUCAAGACACAGUGCGGUUUGUGCAUGUCUACAGCAGCCGGCAGCAGGAAUUUGCCAGCACCUUGCUACCGGACAUAGAAGAGUUCCAAGGGAAGUCAGGGAUCUCCCUCUAUCCUUCACCUAGCAAUUUUACAUCCCUGGUGAGCAGCAGCCUCCACUUCUCCUUCCUGACUCUGGACAAACACCGGGAGUGGCUGGAGUACUUGCUAGAGUUUGCUCAGGAUGCAGCCCCAAUCCCAAACCAGUACGACAAGCACUUUAUGGAGCGAGACUACACUGGCUAUGUGCUGGCCCUGAAUGGCCACAAGAAGUAUUUCUGCCUUUUCAAGCCACUAAAGACCGUGGAUGAGGAGACUGUGGGCUCCUGUGACCCUGACUCCUCCCGAGGGAAGCCUCCCUGUGGCCUUGGGCCCAAGCCCCUCAAAGGCAAGCUGAGCAAGUUGUCCUUGUGGAUGGAGCGCCUGCUGGAAGGCUCCUUGCAGAGGUUCUACAUCCCGUCAUGGCCUGAGCUAGACUGAGCCGAGGACUUCAGUUUAUAACGUGCCCCAGGAGCAGGGAUUUUUCAAGAGUCUUGAUUUUAGAUUUCUCUUCUAGAGCAAUGGCUAGAAGACCUUUCCUUUGUCACCUAGGAGUAAAAUGCACCGCAGGUUUGAUCCCUAGACGAAAAUCUUCCCCUUUGGGUUUUCUUACCCCUGGAUGAAUGCCGCACUACUUAAGUAGACUGGCCAGCCCCACUUCUUUGCUGUCCCCGUAACAUGCUCACACCCCUGUCCUUACAUUGGAGAAACCCAGGGCUUGACCCUGAGCCGUGCCUGGAUGAACCUCAGGAUCUUCAUGAGCCUGUCAUAUGGGGUGGGUCACUCACCUCUCUCCAACCCCCUGAAGCAGGCUCCUGCUGGCCCCUGCUUAACCUCUGCCAAGGUGCGUGCUCUCAACACGGAACAGCCCACCAUGGCUUCUAGGUCCUCCAUCCUCGAAAGAGGCCUAGUUGUAAGCCCUUUGCCAUGUGACUGUGCUUCUGGGAGCAAGCUUUGAGAAGUAUAUUUUGGGGGUAUCCUCCACAACAGUUGGCCAAUCAUGGUUUUGAGAAGAAAGGGGUGAGCAGAGGUGAGUGUGCAGCAUUCACAUUUGGUCUCCCCACUGAGAGAGGAGGGGAGGGUGAGCACUGGCUGGAGGUGCACAGCCCUGUGAGCCUGCGUGAGUUUCCCUUGUCCGUCCCCAUCCCUCACCGCACUCCUGUCAGCACACCACAGCCAGGGCCUUGCCAGCCCUGGGACUGAGCUGCUGACUUGCCUCCAGAAGCCUUUUUGCCUCUGGAUUUUAGAGUUUGAUACUAGGAGCCAUAUCCUGUGAUCUUGUUCUCUGAGCGUAGAUAAGCUGCUCUGGAGCCAGUAGAUUUAAGAUGGCAGCACGUAUUCCUGUCCACCAAGAGCUAGUGCAGGAGCCCUUCCUGCCUUGCUCUCCAGUAAAACGCCAGGCGUGUCUUCAUACCAAGGAACCUGACCUCUCUGACAAUUGCAUUUUGAACAUUGUUAUCCCCAAAGAGCUGAAUCUUCAAGUUGUCUCUUGUGACUGUGAGGGGAGACUUGUCCGGACUCCUGUCCAGUAGGCAGCUAGCUUCUUACUUCUGGCGUCUCUGCUUUAUCGUUUCCUCCUUCCCUUCCUGCUGCUUCCUGCUGCCAGAUCAGACCCAUCAGCUCCAGCUUGCCUGGCUCUACACACCUUGGGCUCAGGGCCGGAUCAUGCUCGCCCGCUCAGGGGCGUACCCUUUGUUUUUAGAGCCAAACCAUGAGGGGAGUUUGGACAACUGUCACACAUGGUGUGUUCUACUGUCAAGCAAGUGCCCUUUUGUAAAGUGAAGGGCACAAAUCAGGGACCGGACAUUCACUCAGUGAGUAUUCUCCAGUUGUAAUUGCUUUGAACCAAGCACCUCGGAUCCUGACUACUUUAAACACUGAGCUCCAGUGGUAAGUGAUAAAUUAUUUGAACCCAGGAACUCUGUAGUUUUCAAAGAGUCUUUAGCUUUAUUAAAAAAAUAAAGAAAACACUGCCAGGCUUCAUUCUUC